AAGCUAAUUACUUACUGAGGUAGCGAGAGAUCCAUCCAUCCAGAGAGAGCUCACUCCAUAGAUGAUGAUGGCCAUGAAGAAGAGCGGCGGCGGCGCCACUAGUAGUGGUUUUCGUGGUGUGUGCUUGGUAAUGGCGGUGAUAAUAGUAUUGUCCAUCCAAGCAGCAGCAGCAGCAGCAGUGGGUGGCGACGGCGGCGGAAACCAGCUCCAGCAGCUAAAUCUGCGGGCGUCGCCGGUGUACGUGCUGGGGGACUCCACGCUGGACGUCGGCAACAACAACGACCUGCCGGGGAAGGACGUGUUCAGGGCCAAUAGGCCAUACUACGGCGUCGACUACCUCCCGGGCUUCCUCCGGCCUACCGGACGCUUCAGCAAUGGCUACAACGUCGCCGACUACAUCUCACGGAAGCUGGGGUUGGCCAAGAGCCCUCCGGCCUAUAUGUCGCUGGUUGGGCCACUCAAUUUCACCCUGGUUCUCAGCGCUCUCACCGACGGCGUCAGCUUUGCUUCUGGAGGAGCUGGCAUUCUCGACUCCACUAACGUAGGACAGUGCAUCCCGCUGUCAGCGCAGAUGCGGAACAUGGAGGCGACGAGGGCAGCGAUGGCGGCCAAGGUGGGAGACCGCACCGUGGCCGACCUCUUCUCCCGCUCCUUCUUCCUCCUGGGCGUCGGCAACAACGACAUGUUCGUCUUCGCCACGGCGAACAGCAACGCGACGCCCACCCAAGUCGCCGCCUUCUACUCCGCGCUCGCCGGCAACUACUCCGACGCCAUCACGGGCCUCUACAGGAUGGGCGCGAGGAAGUUCGGGGUGAUCAACGUCGGGCUGGUCGGCUGCGUGCCGCUGAUGCGGCUGCAGAGCCCCGCCGGCGACUGCAGCCGGGGCCUCAACAGCCUCGCCGCCGGCUUCAACUCGGCGCUCGCCUCCCUCCUGGCCGGCCUCGCCUCGCGCCUGCCGGGGUUCACCUACUCCCUCGCCGACUCGUUCGGCUUCGCGGAGGAGGCGUUCGCCGACCCGGCGGCGUCGGGGUACAGGAGCGUGGACACGGCGUGCUGCGGCGGAGGGAGGCUGGGCGCGGAGCGGGAGUGCGAGCGCGGGUGCUCGCUGUGCUCCGACCGCGACCAGGUGGCUUUCUUUGACCGCAUCCACCCGUGCCAGCGUGCAUGCAUGCUCAGCGCCAACGCCUACUUCGACGGCCCGGCCCAGUACACCAAGCCCAUCAACUUCAAACAGCUCGCCUCGGCCCGCUCCUCCUCUGCACCAUGGGCCACCGCCUAGCACUC